AUGUACGGCCGAGAUCUCGCGACGGCGGUUCGGGUGCUGGAGGACCAAUUGCAGGCGAGCCCGCUGACAGCUGUCGACGAGACAGUGGUGCUCAACCUGUGCUCCAUGUACAAUCUGGCGGCGUCUGAUACGCUCAGGCCAGCCACCUGCCAGCGUGGCAGCACCGGGUGUGGGGAGAGUGACGAGGAGAGGUGGGGCAUGGUGUGCGCGCGCCACGUGGCGAGUGGGCGGCAGGUGAAUGUGUUUGUGUACACCCACCCACUCAUCCACCCCACGAUGCACCCCAGCAUCAGCAUGCGACGGCAGUGCCCCAUCCCCCAGGGACUCUCAGAGGGGGCGACCUUUUCUCUCCAAAACGCCCUGCUGCUGCCCGCCGCAACCGCCUCUGCUGUCAGCUCAGGUGACCUUGCCAUCUGCCGCGGGCCUGCUGGGCUGCAAGCACAAGGGAAUGCAUCGAAUGACGCAGCACAUGACAGCAGGGGCGGUGAGGGCGGGCAGUCAGGCCAAGAGGUGCAUUCUGCCACAAGUGCAACCAUGCCUGCUGCCGUGCCUGCUCCCGUGCCUGCUCCCAUGCCUGCUGCUGCAGCAGCGACAGAGGGUCGACUAGCAGCAGUGCACUACGUGCGCCUGCUGCCUGUGUGCCCGCCUGCCCUGCCGCUGUCAGCACAUGUGUGUGAGGGAGGGGAGGCCUUGCUUCGCCCCACCCAUGGGCUUGGGCGGCAGCAGGCAGGGGGGCAGCAGGGAGAAAUGGAAGAAAAUGCUUGUGCGAGAGGGUGGAGGGCGGCAGGGGAUAGAAUGGAUGGGCAUGCAUCAAGGGAUGGCGAUGGUAGGGAGGGUUCUGGUGUGCUGCAUGAAAGGGAGGAGGAGGAAGAAGCGGUUAGUGGUGGGAGGGAGGAGGCGGAAGCGUGUCCGAUGGAGGAAGAGGAGAGCGGAGGGAACAAGGGUGAGGAAGAAACGGGAGGAGGAGAGAGAGAGGCAGAAGGGAUUGCAGAGGAGGAGGAAACUGGAAAAGAGUGUGCAGAGAAGCAUGUGGGUGGGCGGAAGGAGUGGUGGCAGGAGGUGCUAGAAGCGUUUAGGGAGGAGGAGCGUGAGGUGGAGAGGAGCGCAGUGGAGGGGUGCUGGACGGUGGGGCGUGGAGGCGGGGAGAUGAGAUGUGAUGACCAAAGGGGAGAGUGUGAGCGAGUGAAUGGUGUGAGCAUGGAAGGGAGUGGUUGGAGUGAUGAGGAUUUGGAAGAGAGUGAGAGAGAAGGGGACGGGAGGGCAGAGCACAGUGAAUUGAGAAGUGCAACGAGGAGGGAAGGGGGAGCGAGUGGAAAUGAGACAGGUGUAAACAAGGCGAGUGGAGACAUGGCGAGUGGUGACGAGUGGAUGGAAGGUGAUGAUGAUGGGGGCACAGAGGCAUGGAGGGAGGGGAGUGGAUGGGAUGAUGAGGAUGAGUGCGUGCGAGAGAGGCAGGAAGGGCAGGAGGGGCAGGAGGGGCAGGAGGGGCGUGCACGAGAGGAGAGUGAGGCGGAGAGGGAGGAGGAGAGUGAGAAGGAGAGGGAGGAGAGUGAGGAGGAGAGGGAGGAGGAGAGGGAGGAGGAGAGUGAGGAGGAGAGGGAGGAGGAGAGGGAGGAGGAGAGGGAGGAGGAGAGUGAGGAGGAGAGGGAGGAGGAGAGUGAGGAGGAGAGGGACGAGGAGUGGAAGGAGGAGAGGGACGAGGAGAGUGAGGAGGAGAGUGAGGAGGAGAGGGAGGAGGAGAGUGAGGAGGAGAGGGACGAGGAGUGGAAGGAGGAGAGGGACGAGGAGAGUGAGGAGGAGAGUGAGGAGGAGAGUGAGGAGAGUGAGGAGGAGAGUGAGGAGGAGAGGAACGAGGAGAGGAACGAGCAGAGGAACGAGAAGAGGAACGAGGAGAGGACCGAGGAGAGGGACGACAGCGGAAGGGAGGGCAGCAGGCAGAGGCAGCGCAGGCCUUUUCACACUGCCCCAUCGUCUUUUUCACUCUGCCCCAUCGUCUUUUCCCCCUCCUUCCUUCCCCUCCCCCUUUCCCCUCCCCCAUUCCCCUCCCCGCUCCCCCUUUCCCCUCACCCUUUCCCCUCCUUUCCCGUCAACCUUUUCCCUCCCCCGCUCCCCAUUCCCCCUCCCUCCCCUGCAGACAACGGCAACCGCACCUUCCGAGCAGCUGCCAGUGGCUCCGAAGCGGCGCUUCUCCUCUUCGCCGCCUGUCUGCCGCCCCUCCUGUGCUCCUGCCACCCAUGCCGGACGGCACGGCUUGGCGCAUCUGCAAAUUCGGCAUGGCAGGCAACAGAGGGAUGGGCGCGAAAUGCAAGGGGAGGGGGCGUGAGGGAGGCGGACGGGAGGGAGGCGGAGAGGAGGGAGGCGGAAGGGAGGGCGGUGGUGGGGUGGGGAGACGUGCAGCUUUUGAGUCGACUGGAAGGCCAGCAGGGUGUCAAAGCAGGGGAGAUGUGGAAGGCGGAGUGGAAGGAGGUGCAGCGGCGGGUGCGGAGACUGGUAUGUGAGCGGGGGGUGGUUGAGGUCGGGGUGGGUAGCAUGGGAUGGGGCGAGGAGGGGAGGAGGACAGGGGGAUGGAAGGAGGGGAGUGGUGCGAGGAAGAGGGGUGCUUCUGAUGUGGAGAGUGGGUGUGGUCAGGAUGUAAGGCAGGAGAAAACGGAGGAGGAGAAGGAGAUGGAGGCAGCAGAGAGGGGGUUAACUGGGGCAGGUGCUUCUCGGAAUGUGCAGGUGGCAUGUGGAGUGAUGGGCGUGAGUGAGGCAGUGCCGUCAGCUGCACAGGCGCACGUACAAGAUGCGGCAAACGUGUGGACAAGCAGAGCAGAGGGGGCAAGCAGGGCAGGGGGGCCACAUGCAUGCUUACUGCCAAACUCUUUGCUGGGUGCUGCUGCAACAGUGGAGGGGCGGGAAGUGGAUGGGAGGGAGGAGGAGGGUAGGGAGGAGGAGGGUAGGGAGGAGGAGCGAAAGGAGGAGGAGGGGAGGGCGGAGGCAAGGGAGGUGCAAAUAGGGGAACGCCCUCUGCUGGCGCUGCUGAUGGCCAUGGCUGUGCGACAACGUCCCCAGGUACCGUGGCAUGAAAUGGCAGGGCGGGGGAUGGCAGGGUUGGGGGAUGGCAGUGUGGGGAAUGGCAGGGUGGGGGAUGGCUCCCCUGUGCUUCGCUCUCUCUGUGCUUCGCUCUCCCUGUGCUUCGCUCUCCCUGUGCUUCGCUCUCCCUGUGCUUCUCUCUCCCUGUGCUUCGCUCUCCUUGUGCUUCGCUCUCCCUGUGCUUCGCUCUCCCUGUGCUUCAAUCUCCCUGUGCUUCGCUCUCCCUGUGCUUCACUCCCGCUGUGCUGUCCUCCCUCAGAUGGUUCACCUCCUACCAGCCACUGA